AUGGAGGUGGAGCUGGAACAGCUGGCGGAACAGGACCAAUCCCUGGAUAUGGCACUGGAGCUGGAACAGGUCAGAGCGGUGGAACUGGAGGCCUUGGGGGACUGGGAGAAAGAGCUGGUGUUGGCACAGGUGGCCCCGGAUAUGCUCCACGUGGCGCCGGUGGUGCUGGCAGUGGACCUGUUGGAGGAGGAUUUGGGCCAGGUAGUACUGGUAUUGGACCAGGAAGAGUCGGAACAGGACCGGGAUCUGGGGGGCAGUCAAGGAAUAAGCACUGGAAGACUUGGACCAGGUAGCGGUAACACAAGAUACGGAGCAGGAGGAGUUGCUCCAGGUGGUGCUGCAGCAGGGUUUGGUCCAGGAGGAAUCAGACCUAGUGAUGCAGGUACUGGCUAUGGACCAGGGGCAGGAAUUGGGCCAGAAGGUGGCGCCACUGCAUUUGGACCAGGGGGACCACUUGGGCCCGGAGGAGCUGGCACUGGAUUUGGACCAGGGGCAGGAGUUGGACCUGGAGGUCCUGGAUAUGGACCAGGAGGUUAUGCAGGUGCCAAAGCCCGCAAAUAUGGAGGAGUUGGUGUUGGAACGGGACCAAGUAGUGGCCUUGGAGCAGGAGAAUUCCAAGGACGAGGUGCGGGAGGAGCUGGUGCAGGACUAGGGGCAGGUGGACAGGCUGGUUCCGGUGUUGGAAUUGGGGGACAAGCUGGCAGUUUCGGAACAAGCGGUGCCGGAGGUCUUCUUGGUGGUGGAAGAGGUCCUGGGACAGGCGGAGACGGAAGACAAGGGGGAGCACUGGGGACUGGCGGAACUGGAUAUGGACCUGGCGGUUACGGCACUGGAGUUGCCCCUGGAACCGGUUUAGGACCAGGGGGAGGCUACGGAGCAGGGACAGGAACUGGAUUUGGACCAGGUUAUGGAGACGGCUCCAAAGGUGCCAAAUAUGGUCAAGGCGGAGGACUUGGAGGAGGACCAGGACAAGGUGGAGUCAGCGGUGGUGUACUUGGAGGCAGUGUCCAGCAAGGUGGUGGACCAGUCAAUGGCACCGGCGUCUACAUGAACGGAACCGGCGCAAGCGGUACUGCCCACGCCACAACCGGACCCGGCGGACGAGGCGGUACACGCGGAAUGCUGGUCCCGCUGCCAGAAGGGGGAACUCGCACUGAUCUGGGAAAGGACCCAAAAGACAUUGAUGGAGGUGAGGACGGUCCGGGCGGCGUGAUCGAGGGUUCUGGCAUUGCUGCGGGAGAAGGAGUCAGCGGCAGGGUCAGUGGGAGACCGUUUGGGGGAGGAGCUGAUGGAGAUGGUCUGAGAGGGACGGAAAUUCCCGUCCUUGGAGGAAGACCAGGUUUUGGUGGGACGCCUCUUCCAGGAUCCACAGGAGCUGUACCCGCUGGAGGAGGAUCUGUUCAACCAACUGGGGCAAGUGGGGUCCUACCAGGUGCUAAACCUCUCAAGCCACCAGGAGUCCCGAGAGGCGAUACACCUGGUGAAGGUCAGGGAGAAGCGCGUCUUGACGGAGGGACAGAUGGCCGACGCAGGUUGGGAGGAAGGCGGACCGGAGUAGAAGGUAGCCCAACUGGUGCAGGACCAGUAGGAAGAACUGGAACCGGUUUUGGAGAAGGAGGAUUAGCUCCAACAAUAGAGUCAACACCAAAACCAUCCAAAGCAUACAACCCAGAUGGGACCAAAGUUGGACCUUUACCUGGUGGAGCAGGAGGCGGCACCGGGUUUGUAGGAGGAGGUCCAGGAAGAUUUGGAACGGGACUCGGAACAACUGCAGAAGGUCCAAGAGGAGAUGGGACUGGAUCUGGUGUUGCUGGAGUAGGUCCAGGAGGAUUCGGGACGGGACUUGGUGGAAUUGGAGGAGGUCCAGGAGGAAUUGGAAGCGGGACUGGGCAAAUAGGAACAGGUCUCACAAAACCUGAAAAAUCAUACGGGAAUUCUGGAGCAGGAGGCCAAGGUGUAAUUGGACCUGGUGGCUAUGGUGGUCCUGGAGGUGUUGGUGCUGGUCCGGGAGUUGGCGCUGGGACAGGGAUAGUUGGAGGAGGUCAAGGAGGAUUUGGGACUGGACUCAGUGGGAUUGGAGGCGGUCCGGGCGGAGUCGGAACUGGGCUUGGCGGUGUAGGGGCAGGUCUUGCAAAACCUGGAAAAACAUACGGGAAUUCUGGAGCAGGAGGCCAAGGUGUAGUUGGACCUGGUGGGUAUGGUGGUCCUGGAGGUGUUGGUGCUGGUCCGGGAGCUGGGGCUAGGACAGGCAUAGUUGGAGGAGGUCAAGGAGGAUUCGGGACAGGACUAGGUGGAAUUGGAGGAGGUCCAGGAGGAAUUGGAACCGGGAGUGGGCAAAUGGGAACAGGUCUCACAAAACCUGGAAAAACAUACGGGAAUUCUGGAGCAGGAGGCCAAGGUGUCGUUGGACCUGGUGGCUAUGGUGGUCCUGGAGGUGUUGGUGCUGCUCCAGGAGCUGGAGCUGGGACAGGAGGAGGUCAAGGAGGAUUUGGGACUGGACUCAGUGGAAUUGGAGGAGGUCCAGGCGGAGUCGGGACUGGGGCAGGUCUUGCAAAACCCGGAAAAACAUAUGGGAAUUUCGGUCAAGCAAGCCGAGGCGGCAGUGGCCCCGGUAGCUACGGUGGCCCAGGAGGCGUUGGUGCCGGUCCAGGAGGAGUCGGGACAGGAAUCGGUGUAAUUGGAGGAAGUCCAGGAGGAUUCGGAACCGGUCUUGGCGGCGUGGUGCCUGGCGGAGUGGGAACCGGUUACACAAAACCUGGAAAAAGUUAUGGUGCUGGCGGAGGUGGACUUGGACUUGGUGGAGGAGGCCAAGGUGGGGUUAGACCUGGUGGUCCCGGAGGUGUUGGCGCCGGUCCCGGAGGUGUUGGCGCCGGUCCGGGAAGCUACGGUACAGGCCCAGGAGGUUACGGCACUGGACUCGGAAUGUAUGGCCUUGGACCUGGAAGCUAUGGUGCCAAGACAGGAGGCAGGGGUGUGCAAGGUAGUCUUGGUGGAACUGGGACCUUUGGAGCUGGUGCUGGUGGAGGUUUGGGAGGAGGACCAGGUUAUGGUGAUGGCGCAAGAGGACUGGGUGGAUAUGGUGGUAAUAUAAUAUUUAUGAAAGCAAGGUUUUACGUCUUUAACAGUAAACAUUAUAUUGAUGUACGAUGUCAUCUUAUUCAGGUUCAAGGUAUGGAGCAACAAAGCCAUCAAAAAGCUACGGGGCAGGUGCUGGUGGCUAUGGAACUGGAGCAGGUGGAGCCAGUUCCGGUCCAGGGGAUUUCAGACCAGCUGGCACCAGGCCUGGAGCAUACGUGCCUGGCAUGGCAGGAGCAACUUUGGGUGGUGUCGGAACUGGGACGGGUGGCUACGGACCAGGUGGUGGUGCCAUGGGACCUGGAGGUUAUGGGACUGGUGGAACAGGUCAAGGACUGGACAUGAGGAAACCUCCUAAAUCUGGCUACGGUUCACCCUCACUUGGAGUAGCUGGCUAUGGCACUGGUGGCUUUGGACCAGGUGGUUCUGUCGCAG